ACUGCUGCGAGAAGAAAUUGUGAAAUCGUAGAUGACGAAAUCUCAAGCCAACCAAAAACCAACCAGCCAACUCUGGCUCCAGUCCACCUUUCUCCAGCCUUACUUACUUAUGUACCACGGCAGUUCUUCGGACAAAAUCAUAAUAGUCAUUCAUACAGUCAAGUUUAACCAACAACACGAAUAUUAUCAUCCCAUCGCAAUCAAGGAAGUGAAAAUUUCUACAACUAGGAAGUAAAUACUUUAGGGGAGAAACCAGCAAACGGAGGAUUGCAACAUCAAGAUUACAAGCUACACACGCACUACAGGCUAAUUUGUCGUUGGUGGGAGGAUGGGGUCAAAAAAGAAGGGUUCAUCAGGUCCGGAGAAGCACUCGAUGGAGUACAAGGAAAAGAGGAUGAAGAACAACGUCGCCGUGAAGCGGAGUCGGGACAAGAGCAAGAUGAAGGCGCGUGAGGCGCAAAGUCGUGUCCAACAACUUCAGGCCCAGAACGAGCACCUGCACAACACGGUGGACUCCAUGACCUCUGAACUGCGGUACUUGAAGGACUUGCUCAUCUCACAAGCUGGAACCUCUGAAUAUUUGAGUCCUGAUACGGCUGCAGAUCUGGAGGAUUUGUUGAUGGAUGACGCACCACGCGAUUUGGGAAAGCUGACCUCGGUUUUAAAUGAGGUGAAACGCAUUCAAGCGAUUCAAAAGAACGGGAUGGAGUCUAUUGGGAGUCAUCAGCAGCAGAAUCAUCUUUAUGCUGCUGGAAAUGCUUCGAGUUCCGGCUACUCUCAGAUGCACAUGUACAACGCCGGUGCUGACGUAUUUGAUGCGAGUAAUCCUUACUUGUAAAUUGCAGGGGACAUUAUGUAAUAUAGACGAAUAAGAAAUAGUUUAUUGGUGUUUAUUUUCUUGCUAAUCUCAUAUAUGUAGCAAUCUAGAAAUAUUUAAAAAAGUUAGCUAGCACAUUUCUGGUUUUGAAAUACUUAAGAUUAGAGUUUCUUGUGAAUCAUACAUUUUUCUGAAUUCUUAUUCACUAUUAUUUGUGUGUGAUGUAUUCAACGUUACCGAAUUAAGAUAUUGUACAAGUUGUUUGUGAACUUUGGCCGAUUAAGCAACACUCUUUAACUGUCCAACUACACGUAUAUGCACACACCUAACCAAAUAUUAUUUUUGUCUAUCUGUGGUAACUACUUAAUUCAUAAUCUACAUUUUUACAUUGAUUUUGUUGUUUAAUGUGUUAUUCCUCAGCUAGUAAUUUCUAUGUUAUUAAAUGACAUAAAACGCAUAUUGUAUUCUGAUUUGUAAUUUCGGAAGGAACUUUUAUUUUUUGUAUCGAUUCACUUUUAAAUGCAUACUACAAAUAAUAUAAAUAUAUGACGCCAGAAUAUUAUCAAUGUGUACAAUUUCAAUUCAAAUAUUCAUAUAAAAUACUAUUCGUAUGUAUUACAACAGGUUUAAAAGUUCACCAUUAUUCGAAUAUUCUAUAUAAGAGUAACUUUGACUCACUUUAGCUUUAAAUCAGUAACGGCAUAUUUUUUUGAUUAGUUAAUUUCACGUGGUUUAUUGUCUGUGUAUGAAGGUAUUUGUGUACAGUAAAAAAACGAAUUGUCUCGGUGACUCGAUAUUACCAAUUAGUAGUUUGUUACAAAUAAAGAAUAAAUGUUGGUGGAUAAAAAAUG